AUGGCAAGUACAAGCCCGCCAAGUGUGAUAAAAGCAUACUAUGAACAAUUUCAAAGAGAUUUCACCUUGUUCCUAAAGUGUCGUUCCAAGGAACUAGUCACCGGAGGCCGAAUGGUUCUAACUUUUCUUGGGAGGAAAAGUGAAGAUCCCUCUAGCGAAGAGUGUUGUUACAUUUGGGAGCUUUUAGCUAUAACACUUAAUGACAUGGUUUCAGAGGGCCUCAUAGAAGAAGAGAAACUGGAUUCAUUCAACAUCCCUCAGUACACACCAUCCCCAACAGAAGUAAAAUCCGAGGUCGAAAUGGAAGGAUCUUUUGGAAUCGACCGCCUCAAGGUUUCUGAAGUCAAUUGGAAUGCCUACGACAAUGAAUUAUUUGCAUCGGACUCCUAUAAGAACGGUGCAUACAAUGUUACAAAGUGCAUGAGAGAUGUGGCUGAACCCUUGCUUCUCAAUCACUUUGGUGCAACCAUAAUCAACGAGGUGUUCUGCAGGUACAAAAAGAUUGUGGCUGAUAGAAUGUCCAAAGAAAGAAUUGAGUUCAUCAAUGUCACUAUUGCAAUGACUAAAAAGGGGAAGAAGAAGGAUCCUUUAGGAAUG